ACAAACUUGCUCUGAUUCCAUUCAGGUACGCUUCCCCUGUCUCCCUUCUUCGAUUCAAUUUCCGUGCCAACUCGUUUCCUCUUCGAACUUUUAUGGUUCUCGAUUAGGGUUUUUGCUCUCUUUUUUUCGAAACACGUUUGGUUAUUGUCUUUGUUGCUUUUCGAAUCUUGCUGAUUCCGUUGUCGCUUCGCGUUCAUCCGGCGUGAGACCCAGGUCAAUACAUGGGGAAAAGGAAAUCAAAGGCGAAGCCACCACCUAAGAAGCGUAUGGACAAGCUUGAUACUGUCUUCAGUUGCCCCUUCUGCAACCAUGGUACUAGUGUUGAAUGUAAAAUUGAUAUGAAGAAUUUGAUUGGCGAGGCUCUAUGCAGCAUUUGCCAGGAGAGCUUUAGCACAACCGUCACAGCUUUAACUGAACCCAUCGACAUAUAUAGUGAAUGGAUUGAUGAAUGCGAGCGGGUUAACAACGUUGAAGACGAUGGUGCUUAAGGCGUGAUUCAGUUGGUGAAUACAGAGGACCCAGAUUUAUGUUGUCGUGUCGUGGACUUGCCCUAUCAGAUGACCUAUAAAAGGACCAUAGGAGGGUUCUGUGGAUUUGGACCUCUGUAGAAGAUAUCAGAAUAUAAAUAUAUUGGUCUAUAGUAAUAGUACGUUCAGUGUAUCUACUUCAAUGCUUAGUUGCUUACGUCCGUUUUAAAGAAUAAUGCACUCUGAAGUUGUAUUUGACGAUAUAAAACUUAUGUUGAAAAGUUCUGGAUUUCUUCGAGUAGCUCUUCAUUUUU